CCCUUGAACAGAACUUAACAUCGCACACACUACCCCUCUUAUUUUGAAUAUGACACUCGAUACCCUUAUUUUACUAAACAGUUUACACACAGGAGGUAAAGAAAUCUGGUGGGAUCGAGGGACGGAGAUGAUGAUGACGGUGCUCCAUGGCAGGUUCCGAUCUGGUACAGGUUGCGUUGCCUAAUAUCCAGACGCCGCCACCUCCUUUCCUCCGCUGCUGCUGCUGCAACCCACUAUGACCGACUCGGACUCGCUUGCUGCGAUAUGGAAAGAAAUCGAGGUUUCAGAGAGUUACCUUGUUUGCUCCAUGUACGAAGAAGCAGCAUCCUUAGCUUCCUCAAUUUUGAAACGCUUGUGUGAUCCUAGACAAGACAUUGCAACUCAAGAUAUGUUGGAAUCAACUGCUAUGGUGCUGGUUCAGGCUCUCAACCAACUUGGCAGGACGCCGGAAAUUCUUAAUCAACUCAAACUGUAUUUCAUUUCAGUAAAAGCCUUUCCAGCGCGAGUUCUUCUUACCGGAGUUUGUUUUCAAAUAGCAGAAGGUUCUGCUUCUGGCGUUCGAGAAUUUCUUGAGGAGUUUCUUAAUGGAUGGAGUCUUGUGGAUGCACAAUAUAGAGCUGUCAUUGCAGAAUCAAAUGUAGAUCAUCAAAGAAGAUAUGAAACGCAAUAUGUUCUUGGAAUUGAGGAAUAUUUGGAAAUUGUUGAGGUCUAUGUCAUUACACUUCUUGCAACAGUUCUAAAAGAUGUAGACCUCGCAAUUUCAUGGAUAGAGAAUGCUUCAUUGCCUGAGGAAAAUCGACAGGGACUUCUGAGAAGGUUACACUCUUUGCAUUCUCUUAAAAGUACCACUUUGUCUCAAAUUUCCUCUCAGCAAUCACCUACAAAUAACAAUGAAGCUUAUUCUUUGAAAGAACUAGAUGCACGUGAAGGAUCGCCUAAAGCCUUGAAAGGCAAACAUGCAGACAACAAAACACAUCGGUCCCUAGGUGUUUCAAAACUAUCUGAACGAGUAGAAACAUGUUUCUGGUGCUUCCGUUCUAUCAAUUUGAAGUUUGGUACUGCUAAGUUUGUCAUAUCUAGUGGGAAGAUUAUGCUUGGUUGCUUAAUCUUGUUCUUCUAUUACGUUUUCAGAAAGAAGCAAGCUACUUUAAAAAGGAUUGUAACAAGACAAAUGAUCGCCAUGAAGAGGGCUUUGGUCGAUUUUUGGCAGCUUGCAUUUUCGUAUCAAGUUAAUCCUCUGGCAGCUGUCGAACCACUCGCUGCUGCGGCACGUCAAGCUCAGUGAUGUGAAUUGUUGAUCAACUACAAGUCCUUCAUAAGUAAUCCUCUGUGUACCUUCUUGACUAGCCUGACAGUUUCAGAAAGGCAACAUUAUAUUGUUUGAAGAUGCGCUUUGCAAUGCUGAUACUAAUGCCUCAAGAUUUAUAUGCUCUGAAUUCAUGUGAUGUAUGCUAUUCAUGUAUGCCAUUCUCUGUACUAGGAUAGGAAUGCUUGAGAUAAACACACUCAAAAAAUUGCAAAAUGGAAACCACAUAUCCACUGCAGAAAAUGUUAUCUCAGUGCGAUAUUGUGCUAUGAAUAGAAAAGCUAUCAAUUCGAAUGGUUUCUUUCACAAGGUGCUGAAAAGUUGUGUUUUGAACUUCAGAUCUAUAAUGGUUUAAGUUUGAGCUUUUUACCAUA